AUGUCGACCCGCGUCCCCACCUCAUGGGAAGAAGACUGGGCCCCCCGCCAAUCCAGCACAAAUACUCGGCCCAAUCCGGCCGCACCCGCCUUCUCACCACGCAUCCUCCGCCCAGAUUCUGAGCUUUAUACUUUCAACGGCCAGCCGCGAACCACAUACCGACCCGAGCUAAAGAUUCUCAAGCGCACACCCGACACCCCCGAGGUCCCCGCGCCGGUCGUAACCUCGGAGGAAACAGACAAGUCGCGCCGAGAACGAGAGCGCAAGGAGAAGGAGCGACGGUACCAGGAAGCCCGGGAGCGUAUUAUGGGCAAGGCUGCCUCCUCCUCCUCUUCCCCCUCCACGCCUGCCAACACCAACAGCAGCAACAACAGCAACAACAGCACACCCAAACAGCAGCAGAAGCAGAGAAAACGUUCCCCCGACGCAAACACAACGCCAAAGUCAAAGUCCCCAUCUCAGACGCCCAACGGCAGCGGGAAGCAUAGCACAAACAACAGCCGAGGUACGACGCCGGUAUCGCGGAGUCGUACGCCGAGUAGACGGUCAUCGCCGCCGCGUAAUAACGGUGCGAUUACGGGUUUCUCGCUAAAUGGCGGAGAGUUUACGAAUACGCCGGUAGUGCCUGUAGGUGGAAGACGGUAUUUGCAGAAGGUUGAUGGGAAGCUGCUGGAGAGCCAGUUGACAGCAAGGGAUAGCCAGGAGAUCGUGGUCGAUCGUGAUCCGGAGGGCGGCGUGUAUCUGAGCGAGGGCGGCCUCGACUGGGACGAUUUCUCGAGGGAGCCGGUGGUACCCGCGCAGCAGCAGAGCCAACAAUGGUACGGCACAGGUGCGGUUGAGUACGACUACUACAAUAAUGGCAACAAUGGCCACUACGGCAAUGGCAACAACUAUGGAAACGGCAAUGGCAACUAUGGCAAUGGAAAUGUCAAUGGUGGCUACGACUAUAUUUCACAGUUCCAACCACGGCAGACCCAAAAUCCGGGGAUCUAUGGGGCAGCUGCGGGAGAGGGCCGCUUCGUGUACGAUAAGCCACAGGUACCCCCGGCACCGGCGCCGGCGUCGGAAAAGAAUGUUAGGGCGCCUGGGUCAAUGCAGGCUGGCGUUAUAAGGACGCCACGGGGCCCGGAUGGGAGUAGGGGGUUUAAAGGACGGGGUGCGGGGCCUGCGCAAAAUGGGGGGCAAGGUAGGUAUUCGUAG